AUGGCACGCUUCGCUAUGUCCGAGACCGAGCAGCCAUCAGACCGCCUCCUCCGCAGCCAAGGUCCAGCAGCAUACCACAAGCCAGACGGCCUCGAGCAAGGACAGAGCCGGCUCCAACGUGCUAUCGAGCAGCGCAAAAAAACCUUAUCGCAGCAAAACUUGACGUCCACGCAGGAAAGCCUCACCAAUCUAAGCCUACAAGAAACAGAUGACCUUCAAUCGGCUCUCUUCCAAUCAGCGAAAUCGCGCACUAAGCGCACAGCCACUUCGGGUAAAUCCCAACUCCAGCGCUCUCACGACCAUCCGAAACGGAAUAUCCAGCGAGGACAGGAAGAAGUGCUUCGUCGUCGAAUGGCGGGCCUUAGGCUUCAAGAUACGCCUUCACCCCAGAGACCCAUCGCUUUCCCGACGGAGAUUGUAGAGCAGCUCAAAGCGUACGAUGCCCUAGAGCUCGCUCGGGUGAAGAAGAAGAAGACAUCUGGAGGCGUAGGAAAGCUGCAUUUGAAAGUCAACGCGGCGAAGGUGAUGAAGAGAGGCAGUGGAAGGCGAAAGGGGAUUCUGAACGAGACGCGAUCUCUUCCCGACCAAGACCGCAUGAGAGAGGAUGAGGACGGGAGUGGACGCGCUACUGCCGGUUCCAAAAUUCCCUCUGCGGCAUCCAAGGUGAAGAAGCAAGUGCGUUUCGCUCAGGUUGCGGUUGUGAAGAUUAUACGUGAGGUUGAAAAGAGCCCUGCGGAGGAGUUGUGA